AGAUGUGCUGCUGCCCACUGGAGCACCAUGACGGCAGGAUGACCUCAGCUGAAGCACCAGCAGUGGCUGGUGGUGCUCGGGUGGCUGUGACCCCUGAGUGGCCCCCUGGCGGCCCCCAAACCCUCAGACAGCCUAGCCGGGGCCGGGUGGCUUUGGCAGCACUGGUAUGGCUGUUGGCUGGGGCCAGCAUGUCAAGCCUUAACAAGUGGAUCUUCACAGUGCACGGCUUUGGGAGGCCCCUGCUGCUCUCAGCGCUGCACAUGCUGGCUGCAGCGCUGGCAUGCCACCGGGGGGCACGGCGUCCCAUGCCAGGGAGCACUCGCUGCCAAAUACUGCUGCUCAGCCUCACCUUUGGCACCUCAAUGGCCUGCGGCAACGUGGGCCUGAGCACAGUGCCCCUGGACCUGGCACAGCUGGCCACCACCACCACGCCGCUGUUCACGUUGGCCCUGUCAGUGCUGCUGCUUGGCCGUCGUCACCACCCACUGCAGUUUGCUGCCAUGGGCCCACUCUGCCUGGGGGCCGCCUGCAGCCUAGCUGGUGAACUCCGGACACCCCCCGCUGGCUGUGGCUUCCUGCUGGUAGCCACCUGUCUCCGAGGCCUCAAGUCCGUGCAGCAGAGCAACCCCCAUACUGAAGCUGAAACUGAGCAGCAGGAGCAGUGGUGGAGGCCAAGAAAGCACCUAAAACUCCGACAGAGGGGAAUCCUUUUCUCUCCCUUCAUCCUGUUACUUGGCCUCAGAGCAGACCCAAUCACAGAAGGUAUGUGGCUGAGCAGGGAGACUUAAAGGCCCCAAUUUCUGGUUAGAAGACCAGGAAAAGGGGGGUCUUGAAAACAGGAGAGUAUGGGGAGACUGUGGAGAGGAGGGAGCUCGAGAAAUGGAUUCCAUACAGUUGCAUAUGAACUCCUAGGUUCAUCAUGCAUGGAUCUGACCCUAAACAGUAUUGCAAUGAUUUUGAGAGCGGAACUAGUAGGUAGAACAUCCAGGUUUCUGACUGGCCCCUGGAUGGCACAUGCUUAGGACAAAUCUGACUUAUAUGGCAAAGACUUUGAAAACUGAACUGGUAUUGGAACUACAGCCACAGGAGGCAGAUCAGAACUGAACCUAAAUAAGUCUACUACCUCCUAAAGGAAAACCCCAACAUUUUCAGCAGGAUUUAAAUAAGAAUUAGAGUCUUGUAACAUAAUAUCCAAAAUGUCUAAGAUACAAUCCAAAUUUACUCUACAUACAAAGAAUCAGGAAAGUCUGAACACUGAGAUGACCCAGAUGUUGGAAUUAUCCGAAAAGGAUUUUAGAAAUAAAAGAUAGAAAGUCUCAGCAGAGAAACAGAAGACAUAGAAAACAACCAAACAGGAAUUUUAGAACUAAGAAAAUACAAUAAUCAAAAUUUGAAAAUGCACUGGCAUUAAUAGCAGAAUGGAGAUGACAAAGGAGUCAGUGAACUUGAAGAUAGCCUAGCCUACCUUAAGUGCUCAGAACACUUACAUUAGUCUACAGUUGGGCAAAAUCAUCUGGCAACACAGUAUACUGUAGAGUAUCGUUGUCUACCCUUGUGAUUGCCCGGCUGACUGAGAACUGUGUCUUAUUGCCACUACCCAGAAUCAUGACAGGGUAUUGUAUUGUAUAUCGCUAGCCCAUAAAAAGAUCAAAAUUCGAAAGUCAAAGCAUGAUUUCUACUGAAUGCAUAUCUCUUUUGCACCAUUGUAAAGCUGAAAAAUUGUAAAUCAAACAAUCGUGAGUUUAGGAUCCUGUGUACGUUAUCCAAUGUGAACAUCAGAGAGAAAAAACUAUUUUAAAAAAUGAAGUCUUGGGAAUCUGUGGGACAAUAUAAAAAGAUCUAAUGUUUAUCGCAUCAAAGAUAUAGGAUUAGAGGAAAGUAUGGUGAAAACAAUAUUUGAAGAAAUAAUAGCUAAAAACUUCCCAAAUUUUUGAAAGACACAGACUCAAGAAGCCAAGUGAAUUUCAGAGGGGAAAACUUAAAAGAAAUCUAUGCCCACACACAUCAUAAUCAAACUGUUGAAAACCAAAGACAAGGAGAAAAUCUUGAAAGCAGCAGGAGAAAAAUGAAGCAUUACCUAUCGGAAAGCAAUUAAAAUGACUGUAGAUUUCCUAUAAGAAACCACAGAGGCCAGAAGGCAAUGGAACAUUUUUAAAGUGCUAAAGGAAAAAAAACAAAAAACCAACUGUCAUUCCAGGAGUCUAUACCAGUUAAAACACUCAUCAGGAAUAAAGACAAAAUAAAGAAAUUCUUGAAUGAAGGAAAACUGAGAUUACUCACUGCCUGCAGACCUCCUAAAAAAAGUUCAAGGAAGUUCUUCAGACAGAAGAGAGAUAAUACCAAAGGGAAUAUGAAUUUAGGAAAUAAAGGAAGAGCAAUAGAAAUCAUAAAUAUUCUCCUCUUACUUACUAUAUGUAUAAUAUAUGUAUAUUAAGUUAUUAAUA